AUGGCAAAGGGUAAAGAUGUUCGAGUAACAGUUAUUUUGGAAUGUGCCAAAUGUACUCGAAAUGGUGCUAAUAAGGAAUCAAUGAGUAUUGGUAUUUCCAGAUAUAUUACUCAAAAGAAUCGACAUAAUACGCCUAGUCGAUUGGAAUUGAGAAAAUUCUGUCCCUUUUGUUACAAACAUACAAUUCAUGGGGAGAUAAAGAAAUAG